CCAUCAAGGGGAGUUCACUGUAAUAUUAUUUCCCAAGAAAAUGACAGGAGGUACUCAUCUAAUUUCAAGAAAAUGAAGUGACUGAUCAACAUGGAUUGACACAUCCAUCACUUUUAGCAUCUGUGGUAAUUAAGACAUCACUAUGGCAACCGCUGGUGACACCACAGACCUAGGAGAAGCUUUAGAAACAGCUAGUUAUGGUAGUUUAGAUGAUGCUGUUGACGUGAAAGAUGAAGACUCCAAAGGGAGACAAUCAUUUGCUACACAUGAAGUAAAGGGAUGGGAAUCAACAUGACGGCACUGCUUCCUAUUUCAGUAACAAGGAUACAAGUGCCCAAACCAACCAGCGGGGAGAUGUUCAGUUUCAGAAAGCUUUGGGCAUUUACUGGUCCUGGUUUCCUGAUGAGUAUAGCCUACCUUGACCCUGGAAAUAUUGAGUCUGAUCUUCAGGCUGGAUCUGUAGCAGGAUUUAGGUUGCUAUGGAUACUUAUGUCAGCCACAAUCUUGGGUCUCCUCAUGCAGCGUCUAUCUGCCAGACUUGGUGUUGUUACAGGAAUGCAUCUGGCUGAAAUCUGCUACACACAAUAUCCCAAGGUUCCGCGCCUUGUCCUUUGGAUCAUGGUGGAGAUAGCCAUCAUUGGAUCUGAUAUGCAGGAGGUUAUCGGAACAGCUAUAGCCUUCUAUCUCUUGUCAGACGGAAAAAUCCCUCUGUAUGCAGGAGUGAUCAUCACCAUUGCUGACACCUUUACAUUUUUAUUGCUUGAUAAAUAUGGACUACGGAAGCUGGAGGCUUUUUUUGGCUUUCUCAUCACAGCCAUGGCCAUCACAUUUGGUUACCAGUAUGUGAUCGUAAAACCUGACCAAGGCGAGGUAAUCAAGGGACUUUUUGUACCAUACUGCGAUGGAUGUGGGCCAAAACAGAUCCUUCAAGCUGUCGGCAUCAUAGGUGCUAUUAUAAUGCCUCAUAAUAUAUACCUACACUCCGCUCUUGUCAAGUCGAGGGAAGUUGACAAGACGGACAAACAGGAAGUGAAGGAGGCCAAUAAGUAUUUCUUCAUCGAGGCGGCCAUCGCACUAUUUGUGUCAUUCAUCAUUAACUUGUUUGUGACUGCAGUAUUUGCUGAGGGUUUUAAUGUACAAAAUUCGACAGAGGUGUAUUCCAACUGUUUGCUCAAUGACAUCCCACAUGCGGAUGUGUUCAAUACUUCAUCACUUGACGUGGACAUCUUCAAAGGGGGAGUGUUCUUGGGGUGUCAAUUUGGACUGGCUGCUAUGUAUAUAUGGGCUGUUGGAAUUCUAGCUGCUGGACAGAGUUCUACAAUGACUGGAACCUACACCGGUCAGUUUGUAAUGGAGGGAUUUUUGAAUCUAAAAUGGAAGCGUUGGCAGAGAGUUCUGCUGACACGAAGCAUUGCAAUUUUGCCGACAAUUCUCGUUGCUGUGUUCUCUGGUAUCAACGACCUGACUCGGAUGAAUGAUCUUUUGAAUGUUUUGAUGAGCCUACAGCUUCCGUUUGCUCUCAUUCCAAUUCUGUCUUUCACCAGUGCAACCUUCAUAAUGGGAGAAUUUGUUAACGGAAUAGUCAUGAGAGUAAUCGCCAGCCUUCUGACUUUGACCGUUAUAGCUAUCAAUAUCUACUUCGUUGUUGUGUAUGUUCAAGACCUGCCUCAUCAUUGGUGGAUCUUCCUCUCCAUUGCCAUCAUCGUCUUCCUUUAUCUGCUUUUUGUCCUCUAUCUGACGUGGUUUUGUUUAGUUAUAAUGGGAUGUGACUUUUUACUGAAGAUUCCGUGUUUGACCUGCCUGUCACCUCUUUAUAUAUUAACACACUCCAAUGCUGAGUUGACCGAGAGCACCGAAUUAAGCCAGGAAAAUCCUGCUACUUUUACAGCUCUACCUUCAAAUUAAUGAUCUGCCGUAUUUAUCCUGUAAUAAGCCCUGGGUGUGCGGCAGCCCAUAAACUCUGUCUCAAAGAUGAAACAAGGGCCUAUUGUAGGUCAAUGAAAUGGCAUGAUUUUGAAUUUCUUCUGAAUGGAAUGGACCUACGAUGUAGAUGGGCUUAUUUCAAGAUAAAUACAGUCUUUUAUUAGCACUUUCUCAAGCAGCAUGCUUUUUAUAUAAGAGCUACAUGGAUAUACUCAUUUAUUGCAUUUUUGCCAGUGAAAUACAGAAAAUUUAUCAAACUGAUAAAACUUAUUUUCACUGCAGAGAUGAGCAGUGAAAAUGUAGGAUUUUGCAGUUAAAAUUAUAAGUUUUUCGUUUUUGACCAAUCAGAGCAAAUCUUUGUAUUCACCUCAUUGAAAUUUGUCAAUUUUUCCAAUCGAAGUGAAGAUAGAUAAAUGAGUUAUUUUGCUUUGUUUCUGAAAUAUUCAGACUAGUCUUAGACAAAAUACUCACUGGACGCUAGCUCUUAAUGCACAGAUUCUCUGUUAACAGCAGAAAAACGCUUAGAUUGCAUUGAUCAGUCUUUUCAAAAUGGAGCCGUCAAGUUGACAUUGAGUAAGGUCACAAAGUGACGUCAUGAAUUAUGUUGCUGAUUCCUGCACUUUUUGACACCAUUGAUUUUUCAGUGUUUUUAAUUUUGUUUUCUUUCUCAUGAAAAUGCAAUGAAAAGUAAAUUAAAUGGUUUCCCAUUCAAUAUAAAAUAUAUUUCACUCGAACGUAUGACAGAAUAUUUUGAUAUUUUUGAUUCGUGUUUCUCACUUGUGAUAAUAUUGAUAUUCUGUCAUACUCAGGAAAGAUAUGCUAUAUUCAAUGGGAAACCAUUUAAUAUCCUCUAUAGAUUUACUGGUAUUUAGUUUUGCACCUUGUCACUGGUUUUAAAAUGUACCAAAUAUGGUAUUAUUUCUUCCACAUUUAUAUAAAUUGAAGGAAACAUGGUUUCUAAAUAUACCAGGUAGGUAUUGAUUGUUUUCCACAUUUAAAUAGGUUGAAGAAACAUAUCUGGCUUAAAAUCUUGACUGAAGAUUCCCAUAGUAAAUUCAUAGUUUAUAUCGUGGGGUGCUUCAUAAAGUUUUUUACCAGCUAUCAAUCUUUUUAUUUAUACACAAAAAGAUUUUUAGUUAAUGUAAUGAAAUGUAACUUAUAAUUAAAAAUAUCAGGAUUUUUUUCAAGUCAGAAAAUUACCAGUUCAUAUCCUCCCAAAUAUUAUUAACAUAUUCAGGGCUUUGUAGAUGAUGCGGUAUGCAAAAUAGUGCAUGCCAGAAUAGAUUUAAAUGUUGUGAAAAAAAUCCAAAAUGAUUAAAUUGCAAAAAGAGUUUACUAACCAAAUCAUGUGUCUAUCUGAUAAGUUGCUGACUUGAAAACAUCCUGAAAUACAUGUAUUUACAAUAUCCGUCACCCACCAUGACAAAAAGUAUGAAUGAAAGACAAAAAAAAAUUACAUUGUAGAUACAGUAUUUGUAUAUACUUUAUAUAAAUGUAAAGAAAUUAUAUAAUAUUGCUUGCUCAAAAUUUACUCAUAUUUAAGUUUUCUUACAUUUAAAUCUCUCUUUAUAUAAAAGUGGUAUGAAUUAAAUAUGCAGAAAUGAAAAAUAUUCUGAAAUAUGAAAAACAAUUAUUAACAUUUACCCAGGAAAUGUAUUAAUUAAUCAAUUCCCUUACUACAGAUCUGUCUUCUUGGAGUAAAGUGAAUAUUGUUUGAUGAGCUCAGAUUGAACAACAUGUUGAUAUUAUAUGAUUUGAUGUUAUGGUAUUGUCUAAAUAUAACGAGAUUACGCAUUGUUGUGAUCAGAUAUGGUUUUCAUAGUUUAUAUAUUUCUGUUGUAGAUCUGUUGAUGAAUUGUAUAUAAUAGUUUGUAUAUUCUCAUGAAAUGAUAUUGCUAUAUAUAUAUACACUGUACAUGGAAAUAUUUUCUACUUUGUAUUUUAAAAAAAUUAUUCAUUACAUAACUGGCCUGAUAUAGCAUGUCAUAAGGUAUUGUCAUAAAUAUUGUAAUAACACUGAUGUGAUGUCAUAAAUACUUUAUGAUGUCACAAUCUGUAAAGUCACCCAGUUGUCUCUGCGGAAAAAUGUACCGUCCAACUACAGAGGUUUUUAGAUAAAUGUUAUGAUAAUCCAAAAUAGACUUGAGAUCAAUAUAAAAACUGUUUUUAUCUUGAUCUUCACUCUUUGUUUGGAAAUGUUUAUAUUCAUAUCAACUCUAUUUUGGAUUAUUAACUUUCAUACAAUCCCUUUUGCCCGAGUCAAAAUUGCCUGUUUUAUGCACACUGUCAGGUCAAAAGUAUUUCUGCAAAAUUUAAUUUUAAAAUAAUAUCAUCAAAAAUUAUGUUGAGAAAAUUCAUGUACAUUGUAGUAAGUAACUUUUGAAUUUAAUGAAUAUUAAAUGGAAUUAUGAAAAUGAACUUGAGACCAACAUCUUUUAGUGUUACAAUACUUUUGUUAAAAUCAAUCCAUAAAAAAAUUCAGUAAAAUUCUUUGAAAAAACACUUAAUUGGUAAGAUUAUAUACAUGUAGCAGAAUUUAAUUACAAUGUAGAUUGUGCAGAAAGACUUUUGACCUGUAACUAGAAAUAUAUUUGAUAGUUUUCACUUACAUUCUCAUAAAAACAAAUUAUGUGAUAAACAGAAUCUACAUUCUCAUAAAAACAAAUUAUGUGAUAAACAGAAUCUUACACUCAUGGCUAUGUAAUAUGAACUGCCAUUCACCUUUACCAAAAUACUGAAUUAUUUUGAUUAAUUCCAUAUUGCAUAGCCUCUCAUUAAAGAUCCUCUGUUUGCAAAUCUAAGUUGUUGUUUUUUUUGGGGGUUUUUUUCUGAAUAAGGAAGAAAUCAUCUUUAUAAUGUCAAGACUUUUGAAAAUGGGUCUUUGAAUUUUUUUUUGAAAGGUGAUGGUGAUGUAUAUAUGAUAUAAAUAUACAUGUGUAUUUUUGAGAGCUCAAACAAUUAAUUCAUGAAUGAAUAUUACUCAAGAUUAUUUCCUUUUUUAUUUGUUUGAUUAUUUGUUUAUUUUUUUCCCAUCAGGAGGAUAAAAGUGGUUCGAGAUUGCUGUUAUUAAUACUUUGCCUCUUUUUAAAUUUUUAUCAAGUCCUUUGUCUUGAUGAUUUUAAGAUUGAACCAUCUUUGUGUGAUAAUGUUUGAUAAUGCUGAGCUAUAUUUAAUUUUCUGAUAUAUUCACUAAUUGUGGUUCGACAUAAAAGAAAUGCAAUGUUAACAAAGAUAAAUAUGGUACUGCCAUGUGGAGAUGAAACAUUAAAAUAUUUCGCUAAGAAUUCACUAGACAUACUUCUUUAGAAUAAUCUAGAUGAUUAUAAAAAAAAUUACAAUUACUAAAUCAUCUUGAGCUUUUAUUGUAUGGCCCUUAAGCGUCUUUCUAUCAUUCCGUCAUAAUUUUUUUACUGCUAACAUACUCUUUAGUGGGUCCAGAUAUAAAACUAUAAUUUAGUAUGUAGUAGUAUAAUGAUAAUAUUCAGGUCAAGAUCUUAGUUCGUUCAUGGUUAAUGUAUUUUUUCCAUGAUGGCCCUUUAGCUGUAAGAAUUUUAAUCAAAAUGUCACAAAUAUGGUAGGACCGAAAUUGACUUGUCUGACUCCAAAGGGAAUUUUAAAAAUUAUUGGAAAAAAGUGUACCAAAAGUGUAGAAUCUCUUGUUUAUAAUGACAGGUGCAUUUUUGGGGUUAUAUUGUAUAUCUAGAAAUUGUUUUAAGAUAAUGGAAUAAUUCAUCUAGUAUGUAAUGUGUUCAAAAAGUAUUUUUGAAAAUUAUAAAAAUUGUUUAUAUAUGAUGUAUGUACCCAUCUGUAGAUAUUAUAUGCUUUGUAUAUGAUUUAUUAUGUGUAGGAGUUACAACAACGAAGGUUAUAUUAUACAGUUUGUACAAAACAUUAUCAUCAUGCUAAGUUAUUAUAGUUUGACUCUUCAAAAUAUUUAUAGAGUACAAAAACAUAUUAAACCGUAUUAAAAUAUAAUUGAGUGCUAAGUCUCAGUAUCAUAGAGCAUGUAAAAUCUGGGGUGCUACAAUAUAAAGAUAUCACUUUACAAACUUUGUGUCUACCGAAAUAUGGUUUACCUUUUCCUUUUUCAUCAUGGUUUCCCUAGACAAAAACAUAAAAUAAUUGCAACAGGUUUUUUUAUCUUCGGCAAAUGAUUUAUUUUUAAAUCGGUGAAGAUUGCUGUGUUUAAGGGAGAUAACUCACAGUGUUAUACAACAGAUUCUUCUUACCUAGUCUUACAGGAGCUUAUUACACUUGGUGCAAAGUUUUUCAUAUAUGUUAUUUUGUGAAAUAAAGUAUAUUUUACUGUUUAA